AUGGCGUAUCUACACGCGUGCAGCGGCGAGGGAAAGAAGAGCGAGCUAGAUCUCGUUACUCUUCCUCUCACUCAAACAUCCAUCGAAAGUAGCGCUUAUCUCUACUACAAACCCAUUUCGUCGCUCAGCGACGAUGGUGACUCACCCUUGGAAUUUUUAAUUCCAAGUUCAACCGAUCACUACACCGAUCUCGCGCACACCAUGUUGCACCUGACCGUUCAAAUACUACCAGCUAGUGAUACACCCAGCGAAAAUCUCAAAGUUGGCCCUUUCCACCGCCAAACAAUGCGUAUCCAUAUAGAGCCUACAUACCGUGUAGAAACGCUGCUAAAUUAUGUGGCACCUGCUAUGCGCGCUCAUCUCACGUCUGCUUUGUGGAGCAUCGAUACCGCCGAUGCCAUGGAUGCCGCGCCAAAUUUAGAUCGUAAUGCUGAUGGUGCGAAUCAAUGUCUCAUUAACAGACAUUUGUAUUGUGACGUUUUUAAUCAACCGAAAUUCCUGAUCAACGGUGUAGACGUGAGAGUAAGAUUGGUCCGUAGCAAAGACACCUUUUGUCUCAACGACUGGUCCGACAACGGAAAAUUUUCGGUGCACAUCAAGAAAGCCACACUGAUCGUGCGUCGUGCCAAGAUAAGCCCGGGUAUUUUACUAGCGCACGCGAAUGCUCUUGCUAAAACAACAGCCAAAUACCCCUUAAGAAGGGCCGAAGUCAAGUCCUUUACGCUGCACAGCGGUAUACUCGGCGACACCCUGGACAACGUUAUACUAGGACAGCUACCCAAAAGGAUAAUCCUGGGCUUUGUUAAAAAUAAAGCCUUUCAAUUUUCGACACUUUAA